CUACUUAUUCAAUUGUUGUACGUCAAUUCGCUUUCCGGUGUGCUUUUAUUUUGAAAGAAUUUGUCGGAUGCAUUGGUUUUCUGUCACGUUAACUUGGCGCAGCCGCUUUAAAAGGGAAUACCCUCUGCGCUGCUGAGGGAGUCUCCUUGAUGGUGACUGCGGUGCUGUGGCCGGAGCCGUACAUCGAGCCGACAACAUCCCGGCUUGUAUGCUUAUUUGCACCGGGCAAGACGCUACAGAACAAACAAAGAUGACCGCACCACAAGAGCCGCGCUUUUUGGUGUUGUUCGACUUUGACGAAACUAUGAUCAACACCAACAGCGACGAGGCCGUGCUGUGCGCGAUGCCCGACCAGGAGCUCCCAGACUGGCUGAAAAACAGCUUCAGGGAAGGCCAUUAUAAUGAAUACAUGCAGAAGGUCUUGGCCUACAUGCGGGAGCAGAAUGUGUCCGAGGAGUCCAUCCGUUCGGCAAUAGUGGCGUUUCAGCCCACACCCGGCCUCCUGAACCUCCUCCAGUAUCUGCAGAGCCACCAGCAGGACUUUGAGUUAGUGGUGGUCUCUGACGCCAACAUGUAUUUCAUUGAGAAGUGGCUGGAGCGUGCCGGCGUGCGCCACCUUUUCCGGAAGAUUUUCACAAACCCUGCCAGUUUUGACGAGACUGGUCGGCUGGCGCUGCUUCCUUUCCAUGCCCACUCCUGCUCACGCUGUCCUGAUAACAUGUGCAAACAGGCGAUCCUUCGAGAGUAUCUGAUGAGCCGGCAGAAGGAGCGUGGAGGUGUAGCCUUCCAAAGGGUAUUCUAUGUCGGUGAUGGUGCCAAUGACAUAUGCCCCUCUCUGGCACUGGGGCCCCGGGACUCAGCUUUUCCCAGGAGGGACUUCCCGAUGCACAGGCUGCUGCUGGGGAUGCAGCAGUCCCAGGCAGUCACAGUCAAAGCAAAUAUAGUUCCUUGGACCAGCGGUGAGGACAUAAUGGACUGCCUCAAGAAUAUAACAAACAAGAGAUGAUUGCUUUUGUGAGUCCAAAGAGUGACAAACACUGCAGUGGUGCGCUGACCCUAGACCCAGUGAGCUGAAAUGGCCUCUGUACACUGUGCGAUUUUAGCAAUCUUCAACGACUAUAACAUGACACACCACACGAUGUGGAUCUUAUAAACUUUGGUACAAGGUCACGUUUGAUGCGUGCAGAUUUUGCGAUGACCAUUUACCGCUUAGGACGUACAUCAAUAUGCAACUUCAUCACCGUAUGUCCUCCAUCUGUGCCACUGUAGUGACCGAAACCGAUCAGAAGCACAACAAAAAAGAAGAACAAAGCUGUUAUUGUGGCAUUUUUUUGUAGAUUGGCUAACUAGUAGAUGUAGGACGCAGCAUCUGUCACAGUGUGAGAUGGUCAUCCCAUCAUUCUGAUGCCACUAGGAUUUUAUCUUGAGUUGUCGCAAGAUGCUGACAACGGCUGUCGUUGAACCUGUGUCACAGUUUUAGACCACAACCAAAGUCAUCUCCCCGGUUCUCCUACAACGUUUGUGUUUGGUCUGGGACAGCCCAAAAUCGCACAGUGUACAGCGGCACUCCAUGCAUGAUGCAAUUUAUAAGGAUGUUGCAUAAAAUUCUGAAUUACAUUCAUGCCCCAAUGCCCCCCAUCAUGUGAGAAUUUGUCAAAAUAAAAGCCACCAAUUGAUUAGCUUACUUUCGCAUGAAGCUCUUCCACAGGAUAGUUUGAGAUCCAAUGAGAUAUAAACCAGCACAAACCACUCUGUUCUUUCUGGAAUGUCCCGGAAUUACCAUUAUUUCUGUACUGACUUUGGUGUGGAGACUCAGAAGUGUACAUAUUCAAAUGUGGUCGGACUCAUCAACUCGUUACGUUAUCAGUAGAGUCCAGUUCAUCUGGUCAGCCCUAGUCUAGCACAUUAAACGCAGGUAGUUUGUGACAUCCUCACUACACAAACGUUAGCAGGGAAAAGUCUCAAGCUGCUGUCUUCAUGAGAGAGCAUUCGUUGUGUAUCUUAACAGAAUGCUGUAAACAGGAUCAAUAAUGGAACUUCAUCAAAUAGAGCGUCCCUUUAAGCGUCACUCCUCACUGAGACUGUUCUGAGCUUUGAACACUGGUUCACAUGCUCUGUUCAUGUGGAGACUGCAAAACAUCUGCGGCGGGUCUCACUGACUGUGAGAGCGCUUGGCACUUCUUCCAAGGCUUCCAUGACGGACACACAGGCAGGAUUGAGUUUUACGCGUAAUGCUGCAUGGGACAAAAGAUCAAACGCGUUGUGCCAGGCAGGGACAACGAUGGCGUAGACCGGGGAUAAGGUGUCAGCGACUGUGCUACACUACCUGUACCUGCACCUUCUCAGCACUGAUACCUAAUCGUGAACCUGAUUGUACGACGGUAAUCUACACCAGCAUGAGAUCUAAAAAAGAACACCGUCGCCCGAGGCCUGCUCUUUGCCCCAACAGUUAAACACUCUGUGACACAAGAAAAGCAUGACGCAAUGUACUAGCUGUGGAAUUUAUAUCCAUCAGUUAAAAACUGUGUUGUUGUUUUUUUUACUACAAACGCCCUGACAAUUCAUAGUGUUGUGAAUGUCACAGGACUUAAUCGCAUAUCCUGUGAUGGCAUAAUACGUAAGAGAUAUAUUUCUGACACUAUAAUACUUGAGUAUAUCAUUCGUCUUAAUUUACAUUAGGUAAGUAUACCGUUUUGUUUUUUCAUUUUACACUCAUGGUGCAUGUAUACUCCACUUUUUAGUUAUGCACUCUAUGUAUGAUCACUUUUGAUCACUUAUUCAGCAGCAGUCAUGGUUUGACACUAGAACACAAGCUAAAACAGACCACAUAUAUCUAACUACUUAAAACAGUUGGCACUUUACAUCACAUUUAACACCCUAGACUAUCAAUAUGCACACAGGUUGAUUUUUAAAUAUGAUUCACUAUAUAUUUAAUAUGAAUCCCAUGUCAUGUCAUACUUUACAAGCCAUUGGACGUACCAGUAGGAAACCACUGGCCUUAAUGAAACAGUUUAGUACGAAGUACUUUAGUACUGCUAAAUGUUUCCCUUAAGCAGUGUUUUUAUUUCUCAGGGAGUACAAAGGAAAUUGUUAGCAGAAUAUUAACAGAGCUAUAACGUAUACAGUGUUUGUUUGUAUUCUAAAAAAAUGUUAAUUUGUUGUUUAAUUAAAAAAAAAUCAUUGCUGGUGGAGAGGUCUAAACCCAAACUCUAAUGGGUCUAAAUCUCACUGUUUUUACUGGUGAUAGAGUUGAUGAUACACAUGGACCUGAGCUGACUUUAGGGUUCAGUGUACUGUGAGAUUUCCAGGAGAUCUGUGCAAUAAGUUAAUGUUGCAUUAUUCAUGUAAUUUGAAUCAUUUUAAUGUUUAAAAAAAUACAGUUAUUGCCUUUGUGAAUAUAUAUUAACUAGUAUCAAAUUUAGUGUAGGAUUUUAAAAUAACUUUACGACCAUCCAUCUUAUCUGGACAUGCGCUGUUUCCAGUGGAAGUCUGACUGAUUAAUAGGACUGUUGUUUUGGAGAUUGUUUUUAACCUAGCAUUAAUUUUGUGUGCAAUACAAGACUGACACAGGAAUAUAAAGCCAUCAUCUAA